AUUUCGCUUGCUUAACGAUGGUCUCAAAGUUAACUGAACAAUCUUGAGAAAAAAGCAUGUCAGAAACACAGUCUAUAUAAAGGCUCAAUGAAACGUUUUUAGAGGAUGCGUUGGAGAAAGCAUGUGUUCAUAGCGGUUGUGUCAUGUUGUCAACUGUCUCUUUUUACAAUUCUUAUUUAUUUAAUUAGGUUUUGCAAUCAAAAUUCCUACUCAAGAACUGAAGCUGAGACAAUUGAAAGAGGAAAAGAUGGAGUUAGUUACUUGUCUAACAUGGCAGAAACAGCGUAUAACAAGAUGUCUUCAUUUCUUCUCUUUCCGACUACAUCAACAGCACCAAGGACAGUUUUUUUAAGUAAUAACCUGGAUCAAAGAUCAAAGGACGAUAAUACCGGAAGCAGUGGAAACCACAGCUCUCUUACAAGAGGGAAAUACAGCGGCAAGAAGACGCGGUUAAAACUGAUAGUCACCAUUUUGAGCGCACCCAUAAGAUUUGAUCGCCGCGAAGGGAUAAGAAGAACAUGGAUGAAUCAAUGCAAUUCGGAAGAAGUCGUGUGCCGAUUCUUUACCGAUAGCUUAUCCGAUAUGGAACCGAAAGUGCAAAGCGUUCUCGCUAACGAAAGCGCCAAAUACGGUGAUCUGGAGUUUAUGCCGAUUCCUAAAGGAUACAACUUCGGUCUUCGGCUCUUGUGGUUAAUGGAAUGGUCGGUGCAGAGAUACGACUUUGAUUUCUUCUUGAGAAUGGAUGACGACUAUUUUGUGUGCUUGAAAAGGCUGUUGUUUGAAAUUCCCUUUCGUCCUCAAAAAAGGCUCUAUUGGGGUUAUGUUCACUGCGAAGUAGAAGGACUGGUACGAGUGGACGAGGGCUUUCUUAUCCUGUCAGCGGACCUUGUACAAGAAUUCAUGGGCAGAAAAGACGAAUUACUUUGCCACCCGUUUGGCGACCAGACAAUCGCGAUAUGGAUGAAUGAUGUGAAAAACGUUAUCUACUUUCACGAUCCACGGAUAUUUCACGACGUAACGGCGCAUAUCCCUGAGUUCAAGUUGUUACGGGAAGUUUGCGGCACUUACAUCAGUCUACACGGCUCUUAUUUGCACGAAAUGUUGAUUUACUGGAAAAGCGCUUCAAAAGACAACCAGUCAACCUACUGGGUUCCUUCCAUUCAGCCAAUCAGCAACCUGUGUCCGCUGAGCACGCGUUUUGAUUGGCGGGCCAUGGGAGGCCCUCCGUACGGAUGGGAACCAAAACCAUGCGUGCUGAAACCGCUAUGGAACUUGGGGAGUAUGCACCGAGGAAGGAACAUGAUGUAGGGAACACGAAUCUGUCCAGCACAUUAGAAUUGACUUACAUAUACAGUAGCCAUAGUAUUAUCUCUUUAGAGCUUGAUUUAAAAUCUUCCCAGUCAUGCAGAAUUCUUCAAUACUGGUUUUAUUUGCUCAAAUCUGUCCUAGGUUUUAUAUAUCCCGGCUCGCGAUCUUUUAGGUUUUGACUACCUAAUCAAUAUUUACUUAUUUAGAAAAAGAACCGCAAGCAUUUAAAUGAAAAUUUCAUUUUCAAAAAAAUCUUUUCGAUAUUUUUACGCGUUCAGUUAUAUCGUAUACGUUAUUGAAGUAUAGAAUGGUUUCGAUGAGUAAUAUACUGAAUUAAUGUUCAGCAAAAUAAAUGCUAUUUAAAAGAAAGUAACAUGAAGUUUUUAUACAAUUUCAGAAAGGUAAAUUGAAUUUAGAAUAUGAAGAACGAAUUUUAUACUUAAAAUACAGUAUUUUAAGAAAUUCAAUUAGAAAUACAGUGUAUCUUCGGAUCCACCAUUGACCUAAAUAAUUUUCAACAGUUACAUAUAAAUAUACAUAAAAGUUGUUUACAUAAUUUCAUAAAGUAAAUAUCAUAAAGGUAAUAUAUUUUUAUAACUUUUAAUCGAUUGCAUUUGAGAUCAAUAAAGUGUCAAAGUAUUUUUCACAUACAAAACUAAACUGUUUUGAAUAAAUCCUUCAUAGAGAAACAUUUGAUGUAAGAACUACGAGCGAAAGUCGAAACGGGCGGUUGCUCUUUUAAAGGGAUUUUCUUUCUUCAAACACAAUUUUUGGCCACAAUCCCGUACACCCUGAAAGUAGAUUUGCUUCGAUCGAAGCGACUCUAUUAGCAGGGGAUCUUGAGGGUAGAUUGCGUAAAAAGUACCAUGAUAUCGUAUUAAACAUGAUUUGAUUUAGCGCCCUGCUUCCAAUGAGCGUCGCCUUUCUAAUAAGCCUCCCCCUCGACACUUAUCAGUAAGGAUGCGACAAAAUUGUUCUGUCCAAAUAAGCCCUCACCCAGAAACUCAGGGUGCGGUGUUGUACGGGUCCGCAAAUGAUCCCAGGACCGCAAAUGAUC